AUGGAAGCCAGUGAUAUGGUUGUAAAAAUGAUGUUUUUAUCACAAUCUGCAAGUGCAAUCCUGGGCAACUCCUUCUUAGUCUACAACUAUCUUCUGCUUUACUUCACUGGGAUCAGGUUAAGGCUCACAGAUUGGAUUCUGCAGCACUUGAUUGCAGCUAACCUUUUAACUCUUCUGUCUAAAGGAGUUCCCCACACAAUGGAAACUUUAGGUUUGAAAAACUUCCUCAAUGAUUUUGGAUGCAAACAGAUCUUCUAUCUUCACAGGGUAGGGAGGAAUGUGUCUCUCACCAGCACCUGCUUCUUAAGCAUCUUCCAGGCCAUUACCAUCAGCCCAAUGGGCUCCAGGUGGACACACCUUAAAGUCCAAGCUCCCAGUUACAUUGUUGCUAGUGUAUACAUAAGUUGGAUCCUGGCCCUCAUAAAAAACAUUGAUUUUCCUAUGUAUAUAACUGCAAGAUUGAACCAUAGGAAUAUGACAAAUCUAAAAUGGUUUGGAUUCUGUUCUGCCGUUCGUCAUGACAAAGCCAUUGACAUUCUCGCUGCAGUAUUACACACAAGCCCUGAUGUAUUUUUUGUGUUGAUGAUUUGGUCCAGUAGCUCCAUGGUCUGCAUCCUCUACAGACACAAGCAGAAAAUGAAGCACAUUCAUAGAAGCAACUUGUCCCUCAAAUCCUCUGCUGAGUCCAGAGCCACAAAGGUUAUUCUGCUCUUGGUGAGCACUUUUGUCUCAUUUUACGCCCUUUCUUGCAUUUUACAAAUUAAUAUGUCCCUUUCAAAUAAUCCAGGAUUCUUCCUGGUAAACAUGGGUUCAAUAGUCGUUGCAGGUUUCCCAAAUGUGAGUCCCUUUUUGCUGAUCAGUCAUUAA